AGGUAACUCUCCUGCUGUUGCGCUUUUACGGGAGACCUUCCUGAGACGCAGAAACAAAGGGUGAUUCUCAGCUACAGACACAGAAAGGAGAAAAUACACAUUGUUCUAGCCCAAGCUGUGUGCAGUAACAUCCACAGAGACUUUUGGAAGAUGCACUCUUCCUUGGCUUGAUAUGUCCUUGUUUCUCAACUCUGUUUAUAGCAAAUGUUAGUAAUUUUAUGUCAGUAUAAUGGCUAGUACAGUGGGACCCAGUGUUCUUCUGGGGUCCUAGUAUACUACUGCAAUAGAAUUAAUAGUCAUAAAUAGCAGCAGAAGAAUAAAGUUCAGUUAUUAAUAUGACAGCUCAAUAGUUGACAAAAAAAAAAUUAGUCCUUGAUAAGUUUGGAUCAGCGUUGUUUCCAAUAUGCUCGUUUUAUUGUUACUGCUACAUUCUGUUACCGCAGAUUUUUGUGUGAUGGAGGCUCUGCCUCUAGGUUUAUAUUUUACACAGUGGUCCAGGAUUCUUUUAUCGCUUACCCAGUAUUAAAAAGAGGUUAGUGUUUCUUGGGAAAAGCUGCCAAAGAUGAAGCAUCUUUCUGGAUAUUGCCCGGUUUUGCUGGGAACUGACGUUGCUUAUAUACACCUGUGAUGUUCUCCUGCCCUUCUUCAGUGUGCCUUAUUAUGUGUUGGUACAAAGUCUGCCCAGAGUGCGGGCUAGUAAAUAAUUACAGGUGCUGCCACAGGUUUACAUGGUAUGUGAGCACAAGGAAAGUGCGGCGUGUUCGUAAAACCACAGUGUAAAAGACUGUAAAUAUGAUAAGAUAGAGUUACUGUUACAAAGAAAGUAAAACUGACUUUAAAGGUAAUAUUUGCUUGUGGAAAAACAGUGUUUUAAGUGUAGUUGUUUUAUGUCAAAGAGUGUAUGUUUUAUUGUUUCUGAGAACUGGGACUGCCAAGAGCUGAUGAUCAGAACAUUGAGAAAAAAACACAACUUGCUGCUGAUGAACUUCUUUUCCAGUGGUUCGCUUCUACUACUCUGGAAUUAAUACUUAAAAGCCAAAGAGGGCUUCUUUAAAGCUCUGUGGAAAUGUAUUAACUGGUGAUGGGUGGUGAAGAAUAUCAUCUCCAAACUGCAAAUGAGGGUAUAGAAAGUGGCUCUGUGGUCACUGCCUGUGUGAGUCCCUGUCAUGGCCAAGAGCACAGCGCAGCUGUUGGCUUGCACUUGCCCAGCUGCCUUCGUGGGGUCUGCUCUGCUUACUGAUGGUGUGCUUAGGUAGGCUCCGUAACUUGUUAGCUGCACAUUAAAUGCCAAGUUCAGACUCAUUCUUCAGCUGAUUGAUGUGGUGCGGUAAUGCUUGUCAGUGCUCUCUGUCCGUUGUCUUGCUUGCUUGUUUUUUGUGUGUCAGGCUGAGGUUGGUGAGAAUUGACAUUUCAGGAGAGAUUCCAAAGCGUAACAGGAAAUGCAAGCUGUGGACCCUCAGGGACAGAACAUGGAGAGCCAGCUUCGCUUGUCCCUUGAAUGAUCACACAGCAGCCCUUGUGUUUGAAAUGUAUGUUAUUUUGGCAGUGUCACUGUUAGACUGCCUGGCUGGGCUUGGGGGCUUGGUUAGGGAAAUGCUGGAGACAGCGCUGGUGAAAAGCCAAUAUAUUGCCUCUGAGCACAGCAUUGCUGUUAGCUCCUCUGGCCUUGUGUGCUCUGUGUGCACUCUGCCCUAGAGGUCCUCCUUGUUUGUAAUCUUCCAGAACACUGUGUUGCUUACGUUUACUUACCUAGGAAGAGGGGACUGCUCAGACUCAUGGUGCCACUUGGAAUGUUCCUCUUAGAGGUUGAGAAGGAAACAGGCUUGCAGCCUCUUAACAAUUUUUAGUUAUAAUUGUUACAGUUUUUGCUGUUUGCAGUGUGUUGUGCUUUUUGUUGCCAAUAGAUUUGUCAGGACCUUAGGGAUGUACUCAGUGAUGGUGUUGUAUUGGUGCUCCUGACUGGCAGGGAUGAAGGAUGUGUUGAGUAAGACCCCUCCCUGUUGGAGAGCAGAUGAGAGCAAGACCCCCUGUGGUGGCAGCAGGGCUCCAGCCGAGCUGCUGCCUCUUCCUGCUGUCCCCGCUGCCCUGUGAGCAGCAGGGAGAGAGCUCACAGGAGGUGAUGCAGAGAGACUGAGGACCAGUCUGACUUCAGGGAGAGAGACCAUGACCCAUGGAGUGCACGACAGCUUCUUCCUGUCCUGGUAUUCCUGAGCACAUAACGCUGGGGCUGAGGAGCAAUGCCAGGAAGGAGAUGCCUCGUGCCCGAGGCAGCUGGGUGCAUCCAGCAGGGUGUUCCUGCAGAGCCACCACCCCCACACUCCCCAUAAACUCCAAAAAAGGGCUGCUGCUGCCAUGUCACACCUGCCAUUAACCAGUCACAUUUCCUUGACAGGUUGAGUUUGCAUGCUACAGUAAGAUGUGCUGUAUGAACAGUAUUAACAGGUGCCAUAUGUUCUGAUGAUUAUUUCCUUCUGUAUCUACUGGUAUUAUGUAGGAAAAGUAUAUUUUUUUAUGGACACAUUUUCAUGGUCAGGUAAUUUCAUCUUUCAUUAUUCAUAAGAAGUCAUUAUUCACAAUGCUGUCAGGUUUUUAAAGGGUGCAAAAGUAAACACGUUCUAAAUUGCUCAUUGCCAACAAAUUUCAUACUUUUUAGUUAAAAUAAAGAACAAGUUGCCUAAAAGAGUCAGUUAAAAAAAGUGACCUGUAUGUGCAGGAAAAAAAAAAUAGCAGUAUGGUUCAGAUUGAUAUUUUCUAUAUAUUGUUACAGGUUUUUUUUUCUGUGUUCAAGAACAUCUCAUGUAACAGGGCUGUGUUUGACUUGCUAAGAAAUUGCUGAAGUUGGGCUCAGCAACCUUUUGUUUUAAAUAAAAGGGAGAAUAUCCAGAUAAAGUUGGCUGGACCCUGCUUGUGCCCAAGGCUUUGUUCUGAAGGUAGAAAUGCAUUUUCCUCCAUGGGCUUCAUUGUGCGACAGAGAUGUUGUCUAUCUGAAUAAAUGUGUGAUUUGGACAUAAUAGCUUUUUCUGUCUUUGAAGUGGGAGCGUUUUUAUUCAGAGUCAUGGUAGCUGAAUGGUAACUGCCAUGUGGGAAAACAUGAGGUAACUCUCGUUGGGAUUUCUUGUUUGUGGGUUGGUUUGGGUUGGUUUUUUUGUUUGAUUGUUUAUUUUUGUUCAAUUUGUUGAAAGUGCUACUGCCCUUCUGGGACCUUGUGUUCACAGUCAACAAGGAAAGACACAAACUUCCAGGAGCCUCUGAGUUGCUUCCCACGAAAGGUUUUCCUGGGUAGUGGUGUAAAAGCCUUUUGGCUUUCUAGAUGGUGUUUCUCAGGGUUUUCCUUUAGAGCUGCCCUUGCAAUCCAGGGCUCUUCCCAAUGGGCUUACAAAGACUUGAGUUUGAUUGCAUCAGGAAAGUGAAUUGUAAACAGUGUUUUCAUUACACCACCGAGGACCUGUUCUUGCCAAAGAUCUGUGGUUUGGGUGUUUGCUUACCCCAGAAAUGUGACACUGAAUUGCUUAACAAGGUUUGUGACUCGUUACACCCAGCUUGAGUAGCAGCAUAGAGAGGAUGCAUCAUCAUCACUGAUCGUGUCUGGUAUUGCUCCUUUGUGCUGGCUGGUUGGGAGCAGAGGGUGGAGUUUCAGCCCUUAAGUCUCCCUGAACUGAGGCUUGCCUCCUGCUUUCAAAUUUCCCUUCUUUCCAUCAAGUGUGUGAUGGAAGCUGGAGAAUAUCCUCUUUAAAAAAUAGGAACUAAAGACCCACUGAAGAAUUGGCAACUUUUUUUUUUUUUCUUCUGAUUUUGCUGGUAUUAAAAAUAUUUUAUAUCCUGUUUUCACUGUCUUUACAUCAAUGGUUGAAAGCAGUAUUUGGUCUGUGACUUUGCUGGAGGUAAGUUUCUUUGUGUUUGUUCGUACCAGCAAUGUUUGUCCCUCUUGGAAAUGCAGUAUCCUCCUUUUAAAAGAGUUCACGGGAUGCUUUUUGUAACAGGAAGGAGGAAUUUAGGAAAGAGGGAAUGUCAUGUUUUAAUGAUCGUAGGAACUGGGUAGUGCUGAUGAGAAGGAAGUUGUCGGCACAGUCAGGGAAUUAUCAGCAGUGUGCAAAAAAAAGGCAGGAAGCUGGCUGCUUAUACCAAAGACAUCUAGCAGGUCUGACGAGUUGGCUUGUGCCAGGUUACAAAAUACUGCCUGUGAGUCCUGCUGGAACAAACCAGCUCCAUCUAUUGAACUCUGUUCCAUCGCAACCGGUAUUUUAUAAAACCUGUAUGCAUUUCAGAGCCAUCGGAAGUAGUCUGCUGGAUACAAAAAGCACCAUUCGAUAUUUUUAUCUUUGUUGUAUAACGUUAGGUUUUAUUUAGACUUAAGCAGAUGAGAGUUUCCUCCUGAGGAAGGAGGCAGUUUUUCACUGCUAGAUCAGGGGGGAGGAGCUGGAAAGGACAAACCAUCUAAUCGUGCACACUGCCCUGUAUGGAGGAAGAGUAAAGUGGCCCAAUGAGAGACUCAGCUCUUAGACUGGAUGCCCAAGAGGGAAAACCGCAGGCUCCAAGAAGCUAGCAUGAGGCUGGAGCAGGAGAACGAUGACCUUGCCCAUGAGCUUGUAACGAGCAAAAUUGCCUUACGGAAUGACCUGGACCAGGCUGAAGACAAAGCAGAUGUUCUGAACAAAGAACUUCUCCUGACCAAACAGAAACUCGUGGAGACUGAGGAAGAGAAACGGAAGCAGGAAGAGGAAACUGCUCAGCUGAAGGAAGUCUUCAGGAAGCAACUGGAGAAGGCAGAAUCUGAGAUUAAGAAAACCACAGCUAUUAUUGCAGACUACAAACAGAUUUGUUCCCAGCUGAGCACCAGGCUGGAAAAACAACAGACAGCCAGUAAGGAUGAACUGGAAGUUGUAAAGGGUAAAGUGAUGGCCUGCAAACACUGCAGUGAGAUUUUCAGUAAGGAGGGGACACUGAAGCUGCCUGCUCUAAGCCUGGAUAAUAAAGGCUUAGAAAUAGAUGAUGAGAAGGAUGCACUGAAGAAGCAGCUGAGAGAGAUGGAGCUGGAACUUGCACAGACCAAACUGCAGCUUGUGGAAGCCAAGUGCAAAAUUCAGGAGCUGGAGCACCAGAGGGGAGCCCUCAUGAAUGAAAUCCAAGCUGCCAAAAACUCUUGGUUUAGCAAAACCCUGAACUCUAUCAAAACUGCCACAGGCACACAGCCACCGCAGCAGCCUCAGCCGUCCCUGCCACCCAAAGAGGGCAGCACAUAGUUCCAGCCAGACCUAACACAAGAGCACAAAGAACAACACAACUGAAACCCUGGGGGAGUCUUCCAGUGGUCUCUCUUCUCGGGUAAAGGACAAAAGGCAGGCGUGCAGGCUUGAAGUGAAAUUCUUCAGUGUUUUUCAUUCAUUCUGAUGUGACCCUUUUCAAAGAGGGUAAAAAUAUAUUGUUUUACGUUGAAUUCCUACUUCCCAAACUGCCUUGCUGAAAGCCACGUUCUGAUACCUUCAUACUUUUACACUUUAUUUUAUAUGACUAGAUGAAUAAAUAAUUCAAAACUAGCUCUUUAAUACAUGACUAAUGAUUCAGAAUUAUUUUUAUCUUGCAUAGAAGGUUUUUUCUUCUGGAAGAGGAGGAGAGAGAAUGUCAAAUGUAAAGUGCUGCAGCAUCAUCUCUUCCCAGAAAGCACAGUGUAACAAGUACCAGUGUGUGUGCGAGUCUAGGAUAACUUAUGCCCUGGGACCAUCUCAGAAGUUUAUCGCAGUGACUGCGUCCUGCAGAGAAGCACUUUUUGUAAAGCUUAGGCAGAGAUGCCUUGUGCUCUCUUGGCACAAUUGUUCGUGAGCUUCCCCGAGAAUUUCAUCCUUGUUUGGGUUUUUUUUUUCUUCAGAAAUGCAAGUUGUGCAGUUGUUCGUAGCACUGAGUAGCACCGUUGUUUAAAGGUGAUUUACAGCUGAACUGGAACUUAACAAAGUUACCUAGUUCCCCUUUUUUAUUUCAUGUUUAUACUGAGAACUCCAAGAAGUCAUUCCUUCCACUGGGAGAAAGGGAAAACUGUUGGAAAUGUAUUUGUUGAGCAGAGAAGCAGAGGAAAGACCUUGCAUAGUUCUGCCCUUUUGUAAAUCCUGUGCAAUGAAGCAGGGCUUUUAUGAAUACAAUUAACAGAAACCUUUCCCUGGGUCUAUUUUGCAAGUUCUGAAUUUGACACAGAAAUGAGGUACCAAAUACAAACCCAAAAGGCUUUUUGCUGCACUGAUGAAUAAAACAUCACAGAAGCAGGAUUUUUUUUUUUUUUUGCUAUAAAUCUUUGGCCAGGAAAUGCUGUUGAUAGUACUUAUUUUAUAAAGACAGACAUUUUCAAGUGAAAUACAGAACUUAGACUUCUCCCGUGGGAUAGACUUCUCUGAUGAUUCCCAAACCUGUCUGGUUGUUUUAUAUGUUGUCUAAGGUAAGAAAACUCAAAAGUGUUUGUUUUGACUGAACAUAAAGUGUUUAUAGAAAGACUUAUUUCAUGGAAAAUUAAACUAUUGCUUGAACUGAUGGAAUAUUUUUUUAAUCAUACCUCUCAUGUUAUAAAAUGGUCUUGCAGGUAAAUAUUGCUGCUGAACAAAAGGUUGUGUAGUAAUUGUUCCAUUAACAACACUGUUCCAGGUAUAGCAGUUUUGUUUUGACUUGGUUGUUGUUUUUAUUAAUUUGAAGGAAUGCCAUAUCUUGUCAGUUUUGUAUAAUAAAAUUUAAUGAUACUCA